GAGUAUCUCACUCCAUUUAUUUGGCAUCAUUUGGAAACAGAGCUAGAUUGUUUACAGCAGAAUACGGUGCAGCACGAGCAAGGUAAGAGACAAUAUGAAGUGUGCCAUUGUCUUUCUUCUUGUUUUGGUACUCAUUGUUGACCAGGGACAUGGUUGGAGUAGAAGACGAUCUACAACUGUGAAAUUGGAAAGGAAGAAAAACGUUACUGAAAAUGUUGAUGUAAAUACUUCAGUUCCCAUAAUUGAAAACGAAGGAGCUGCGGAAAAUCGCACCUUUGAGGAUUCCCAGAGCUUCGGAGAUUCCCACAGCGUUGGUGAUUCCCACAAAUUGGAGGAUUCCCCAGCAUCCAAUGAAGAUGAACUUCACGAUGAUGGUCCAAAUGGUGACGUCAUAGUAUAAAGAGUGGAACUCUCUUCAUAAUCUUGCUGAAUAUGUUUUUCUCUUUUUCAAUGCACCGAAUUCAUGUUAUCUUUUGCGAAUAUUCAGUUUCUUGCUGUAAAUGAUAAUCUGUUCUUGGCCACCA